UCCCGAUCCUUGCGCACCAGAUCGAGUCGAACCCCUGGAUCCGAUCAAGGCCGGGAGGGGCUGACGAACUCCCCCUCAAAUCUCAAUUGCACGUGCUCAUAGUUGCGUUGCGUUGCGUACGCAGGAACUAUGCUAUGCUUGUUCAUCCCGGCCUCAGCAGGCCUGAAGCGUGGCGCUGGGAAGGCAAUGGCAGGUUUGACGGGGGCCGCUGCAAGGGCGCGAAGCCCGGCACUGAGCGGCUCUUGGGGGUUAGUUCCAGGGAGCUGGAGACGAGGGCACCAGAGGUUGCGGCCUGACCGACUGUCUUCGGGGUUUCUGCGCGCCGGAAGCGGGCUUGCAUCAGCAGUAGCUGGCGGCGUUGGGGCACAUGCACAGGCGAGAUGGUUCGCCGCGUCGAUCAGGCGGGGGCGUGGUGAUGCGAGGGAAGCGGAAGACGGGAAGAAUCAGAAGCCCGAUACGGGAGUGGAAAGCAGCUCAGCCUCACCCAAACGGAACCGGUCGUCCGCCCUCCGCAAGAUGCUGCCCGCCGUGUCGACGACGACGCUGCGCGAGAACAUCUACACCCUCCCUAACCUAUUGACCGCCUCCCGCCUCGUCGCGGCACCCUUCAUUGGGUACUGCAUCCUCCACGACUACCAUGCGAUGGCGCUGGGCCUGUUCGCCUACGCCGGCAUCACCGACCUGCUGGACGGCUGGAUCGCCCGCCGCUGGAAUCUCAAGACCGUCGUGGGCACCGUCAUCGACCCCAUGGCCGACAAGACGCUCAUGACCGUCCUGACCGUGGCCCUGGCCAUGAAGGGGGCGCUUCCAGUCUGGCUCGCCGUCAUCAUCCUCGGUCGCGACAUCGCCCUGGCCAUCUCGGCCAUCUACUACCGCUGGAUCUCCCUGCCGCCGCCGAAGACCUUCGCGCGAUACUGGGACUUCUCGCUGCCUUCGGCCGAGGUGCGCCCGACGCUGAUCAGCAAGUACAAUACGGCGCUGCAGCUGGGGCUGAUGGGCCUGACGACCGUGGCGCCCGUGAUCCCGGCGGUCGAUCUCAGCACGACGCUGGGGAUUCUGCAGUACGUGGUGGCAACGACAACCAUCUGGAGCGGCGCUAGCUACGUCUACAGCAAGGACGCCGUCAAGAUCCUAACGCACCAGUCGCAGCCUGACGAGGAAAAGGCGGCCGCCGGCAGGAAGGACAAGGAGCAGAGGUGAGAUCUCGGCCUGCUUUUUCCGUGGGACUAGGUCUUCCACGUAGUCACACAACAACCUCGGGCGGGGAGCGUGAGCAAAUACCGGCAGAGCACGUCCGGCUUUGGCCAAUUGAGCAGAACAGGCCUUGAUUCGGCCGGUCUGUCGAUUUGUGUCACGGCGCCGCGGCAGGGCUGAUGGCCGUCGAGAUGUGCUUCGAGAAGCUAGGUCUAUGGGACUGACGUUGCUUGUUGUGCGCACGC